CCAGUCGUCCUUACGCUCUGUUUGUACCCGCUUAUCCCAGAGCUGUCAAUCAAGAGGCGCACGAGCUACCGCAGGUGCAAAGCUGGUGACUGGGCUAGGCGCUGCUGUGAAGCCAAGGAUAAAACACAUAUUUCAUGAUGGCGUCUGCAAAUACCACAUACGGACAGAAGGAGUCCACAGACCAGAACUUUGAUUACAUGUUUAAAAUCCUCAUCAUCGGCAACAGCAGUGUAGGAAAGACUUCCUUCCUUUUCCGCUAUGCUGAUGACUCAUUCACACCAGCCUUUGUCAGCACAGUGGGCAUUGACUUCAAAGUGAAGACCAUCUAUAGGAACGACAAAAGGAUAAAGCUACAGAUUUGGGACACUGCUGGCCAGGAGCGCUACAGGACGAUCACCACAGCUUACUACAGGGGAGCCAUGGGCUUCAUCCUCAUGUAUGACAUCACCAAUGAGGAGUCCUUCAAUGCUGUCCAGGACUGGUCAACCCAGAUCAAGACAUACUCAUGGGACAAUGCCCAGGUCCUCUUGGUGGGGAACAAGUGUGAUAUGGAAGAUGAACGAGUGGUGGCUUCAGAGAGGGGCCGGCAACUGUCAGAUCAACUUGGUUUCGAGUACUUUGAAGCGAGCGCUAAAGAUAACAUUAAUGUGAAGCAGACCUUUGAGCGGCUGGUGGACAUCAUCUGUGAGAGGAUGUCAGAGAGUCUGGAAAACAACGACCCAACUAUCACCGGAGCAAAACAGGGGCCGCAGCUCAACGAGCAGCCUCAGAGGUCCCAUCAGGAUUGUGCUUGCUAAACAUGGCCACACAAACACACUGUCCGCCGUCCCCUCUUUCAGUUUUUCUCAGUUGGUCUCGCUUCAUUUCUCAUAUGCACAUGUACACAAACACCUGUUAUACACAAACACUGCCAUAAUGAAACACACAACACUGGCUGCUUAGAUUCUCCACCACUCUCGCUACACCAAGAGCUCCGUCCACAUGAGCUGGCUCCCAGUAAUACAGAGAUUAUGUAAGAAUAUUAAGUUAAUCAGAGAGGCGAAGAACAUUUAACAGAGGAACAGUCCCAAGUUGUCUUUAUUUUUCACUUACACUUGUACACUUACACACGUGUACAAAUACAAACACUAUAUACUGUAUGUAUGUAUGUAAAGGGACAGUUCACCCCAAAAUCAAAAAAUACAUAUUUUUCCUCUUGCCUGUGGUGCAAUUUUGCAUCUAAAUUAUUUUGGUGUGAGUUACAGAGAUUUGGAGAUAGCAGCUGUACAGAUGUCUGCCUUCUCUCAAAUAUAAUGGAACUAGAUGACACUGUGAUUGUUUAAAGCACCAGAAAAACAUCUUUGAAAAAAUUCAAAAACAGCAUUGUCUGUUUCCAGAAAUUAUGACCCAGUUACUCAAAAUAAUCCAUACACCUUGUUGUGAGCAGUUUCAUGUAGGAGCUGUUUUCUCUCCACUGAACCACACUGUAUCACAGUGCAAAAGGAAAUGUCCCAUCUGCUCAUGGACAACAUGCUAGCUAGCUAAGGUUACAGCUCAGUGGUGAGUUUUUUUUUUGUUUACAUUCUGCCCUGAAACAGGCACCAUCCAUCAGUAGGUACACAUUUCUUUCUAGGUGGUGAAAGGGUAUAGUUUGGCAGAAAAUAAAAAGGUCCUAGGUGAAAUUGCAUACAACAAGAUCUGUGGAUUAUCUUGAAUAACUUUGUCAAGAUUUCUGGAAAAAGAUGCUACUGUGGAAUUUUUCACAUGUAUUUUUUGGCACUUUGAGCAACACAAGCAAAGUACCAUCUAGUGCCAUUAUAUUUGAAAAAUAGCUGAUAACUCUAAGACUCUGAAUCUUCUGCCAAAACACUCUAAAUGGAUAAGUAUCACUACAGGUGUGUGUGUGUAUAUAUAUAUACACACACAUAUAUAGACAUACAUACAUACACACAUGCAAAAUAUAUAUAAAAAACUAUAUAUAUAUAUAUAUACAUACUCCAAAAGGCCGUGAAGGAAGAACAUUUGAGGGAUCCUCCAACCUCAGAUCCCUCCCUCUCAGCAAUAACACCUCAAACCUAAUGGAUAUCAGUUGAGCUGUUUUAGUCCCAGUUUGUUGCUGUGGAUAGAGUUGCUGCUGUUUGUUUGUUUGUUUGUUUUUUGGGUGUGGGGGUGGUGUAUGCCUUUGAGUUGGUUGGGUGUGGUUUUGAGCAUGUGAGCUCACUGGACCUUCCCAGUUGUUUCAGUUUCUACAGAAGUUUUAGUUUCUACCCAGAAUCAUUUGAAAGUUUGUUUUAUUUUGGAAUUUAGGAAUGAAGAAAAGCAAAAGUCACACGUAUCAUUUUGCUAGUUAUUGUAUUGUUGUUAUUCAUUUUGGUCCCUUUCCAGAUUUUUAUCAAAGAUUUCGGCAUUGGCAGUUGCUUGGUUGAUCGAGUGGAAGGAACUGUGUAGCCUCUAGGUGUUGCUGUUGUUUUUUUUUUGGUUUUUACUCUUGUUUUUAUUUUUAAGACUCAGACUUCAGAAUAAGGGUAAUGUAGUUAGUUGUUUGAAAGUCUAUAUAUAUAUAUAUAUAUAUAUAUAUAUAUAUAUAUAAUUAAUAUAUUACACAUUAAGGAUGGUUUAAGACAUUGGAUUCCUGCCUAUGCAUUAGUUUGAGGUGCAUGUUGCUGAUGUUUUUAAUUGAUUCUGGUUGACUGGGUGGUUAUUUGUAUGAGUCACUGUCUGAAAAGCCAUCUGUCCUAUACUUACAGUACUUUACCAAAUGGGGGCAACAGUUUCACGUGUCCCUUUCUCGUUGUAUCAACUUUCAUUCACUUCAUACAGUGUGAAACGUGCACUCGCAGUAAAGACAUUUAGUGGUUUUAGCGUGAGCACCGGCAUACCACAGAUGUCCAUCAACUUCCAGACAGUCUCAUGGUAGAUGAUAUUUUCAUCUUUUAUUUUGUGGGGGGGACAUGAUGUUUUUAAGCAUGUGAAAUGUCAAGUUGUGAUUUUUUUAUUUCUCUCUCUCAUGCUAGGCUUAGGGAUUUGUCUGCUUGUCGUGAUUACAGUACAAAACUUUCUGUAUGUCAUGCAUUCACAGAUGAACUGAUGCAUGUGGAAAUAUUUUCAACAUCCAAGUUAUUUCAAAAUGUAACUUAUUUAUUUUGUAUUACUUCUAACUUUAUUUUUGAGAUAAUGUUCUUCCUUAAUUAUGCAUCGCAGUCUGCACUCUACAUUUCAAAGAGAUGUCCAAAAGUAUUCAAUUGCUUAAACUGUCCCAGCUUUGAAAUUAAAAAGCGUUUGUGUUUACAGUGAAUAGAAAGCUUAAGAUGCUUCCUCGAGAGGAAAGUUAAACAUUCCAGUGUAAGAAUCUCUUAUCAUGUGCAAGCAGCUUUGCUGGGAAGUUUGUUUGUCUUUUGAUAUCAGUUAUGUAACUUUUAAGACUCCGUAGUGUACAAGCAGACUGUUCUCACAGAGCAAUAGCAGAUCUUUCUCUCCAUGCCCAAAUAUCAGCAACGUACAACCCUGCUGCAGGUUCGUAGUACACGUGCUGUACGUGGUUGCGUGACUGUACAGUUUGCGUAAAGGCAGUCUUACCAACUGCUCUUUCCAAAGACGUCUCAACAAUAAAUUUAGAGUUAUUGACUUUUGUUAGACAAGCCUGUCUGCUCGUGUUUUCCUUUUCUUUGCAGUAGCUUUGAAAAGGGAAUAUGUUUGGGAAGUAAACUGAAUAUGCUGAACACUUCAUUAAAAUAGUGACUCUUACUGCGUUGGCUCACUUUGAACUUGUUUGUUGAUUUUUAUUACUGUAUUUAUUUGUGUUUUGCUACAGCUGUAAACUUUGCUUUUGACCUAGGAACACACAUGGUCUCUGUUCACCUCUCCUGCCGCUGUCGUCAACAAACCUUUGUAAAUAGGAAAUUUCUGCCCGUCGGGUAUUAGUUGUGUGAAUUGUGCUGUAAUUCUGUAAUGCCGAUUUGCUAAAACGAGGAACCAAUAAACAAAAACUAAAAGCUGUCA